GGAGCAAAAUGUCCUCUAUGCUACAUGGAGGAAAGUGCUUCGUCUUCAUCUUCGUCUUCGUCUUCGUCUUCUUCUUUCUUCGCCAAAUCCCUUGAAUUGAAAUCGUAUUUAUAAUAUAAUAUAUUGUUAAUUUUCUUCUUUAUCAUCUCUUUUACGAUUAAUCGAAGCCUUAAAAGCCCUAAACCCUAAAAGAACAGAAAUCGAAAUAUUAGGAAUGGAUUUUCAGCAGCCUCAUGGGUAUAUGAGACCUCCGCAACCGCCGCCGUCGAUGGCAGCAGAUCCCUACCACCAUCACCACCCCCACCACCAAGCGCAGAGAUUGCCGGUUCCUCCACCUAACCCUUGGUACUCGACUCAAUUUCAGUACCAGCACUCUACUCCUCCGCCACAACCACCACUUCCUCCUCCUCCUUCUCAUGUCCCGCCGCCGCAUCAGCAGUGGCCACCACCGCCGCCACCACCACAACCACCACAUUCCGAUCAUUUGGCUCCCGCUCCUCCUUAUCCUACGCCACAUCCGCUUCCAGUCAACCAAUACCCUCCUCCGGUUCCUCAUCCGCAUGCUUCUCUUCCGCCUCGGCCGCAUGUUCCACCGCCUCAGAUUCCCCAGUCGUAUUCCCAGGUCAAUCAGGAGUGGGGGACUGCUAAUUGGGGUCAUCAUCAAAGUUGGGAGUAUCAAGCUCAUACCAAUGAAGAAAUUUGGGCUGCCAAGGCCCGGGCAUGGGCAGCUGCUAAAGCUGCAUCAGACAACCAGCAGCCUCAGCAGUUACCAUAUGCUUUUCAAGAUGGAACUGGAGAUUCAGCUGCUGUGUUUCCUGGACGAGAUUCUUCUAUAAGUCCAUCGGUCCAUCAGCAGGAGGUACCUUCUAGUUAUUCUUCUAUUGCAGGGGACCCCACAAGAGGCAUAGACACUGUUGCAACCAAUGCUCUAGACUAUAAUUUUGUCCCUCCAACCGAGCCAGCAGUGGUUUAUCCUUCAGUUCCUGCAGUACUCCCGUCAGGACCUCAGGUUGAUCCUUCGGUGCCAGUACCUCCUCCAGCUUCUGGGCAUUCUGCACCAAUAUUUGGAAGGAUGCUCAGACCAAGCUUCCAGCCAACAGUGUCAUCUGUCACUGCUCCCUUUGGAAUUGGUGCAGGGCCUGAUAUGCAUCCUGGGACAACUUUUUCUGCUGAUGCUUUUGGGCCUUCCAUUGUUUCUGAGCGCCCUAAAAAGGCUUCAGUGCCCAACUGGCUUCGAGAAGAAAUAAUAAAGAAGAAACCUGCAAUUGUGAGUUCGGCUGUAGAGCUUCCAAAAGAGGAUAUUGAAUCAAUUGAAGAUGAAGCUGUAGAUAAAUCUUAUGGAAAGGGUGAUCAGGGGGAUAGCAAAAGCAUAGACUCUCCUAGGUCAACCGAGGAUGAGGAUGAUGACGAGGACGAUGUGGAAGCAGCAAGAACUGCCGCAAUAAAUCAGGAGAUAAAACGCGUUUUGACUGAAGUUCUUUUAAAGGUUACUGAUGAACUUUUUGAUGAAAUUGCUACGAAAGUUCUUAAUGAAGAUGAUCCCACGGUUGAAGUUGAGGAUGGUGUUUCCAAUCAGGAUGAUAAAGCAGAGACUUCUAGACCAAUCAUUGCAACUUCCAGAGCCUCUUCGAAUGUUCUCCAACCAUUGAAAACUAAGGAUACUAAUUAUUAUGAUGCUGGUGAAAAGUCUAGUUCUGUCUCUGGUGGGGAUUUGCUCGGUCUUGCUAGUUAUGCCUCAGAUGAUGAGGACAAUGAAACUGAGAGUUUUGGUAAACAAAGUAUAAAGGAAGAUAGUGUGAAGCAUCAGUCAACAUCAAGCAAGUUAUCGAAAGGCACAGAUGUGCUUCAUAAUGGUGGUUCACAGGAAGAAAAUAAAGAGCGUUCUGAUCUCGGUAGUAAUAGUCAAAAUGCUACCACAGUAAAUCAUAAUGCUGCAGUUUUUGGAUUAAAGGAUGCAGAGGCAGCGAAACUAUCCGAUUCAGUGGCUGAGCGUGAAGUGCUGGAUGGUGUCAUUGCUUCUAAGAUUAUGAACACACUAGCUGCAAAGGUAGCUGGUCAAAGUGAAAACAUCGUUGAAAAUGACAGCUCCAAAAGGUCACUGAUGGGUGAUUCUUCGGGUGAAGAAACUAGAGACAAGUUAGAUAAAAAUGAUAGACGUGAACAAGAAAGAAAUGCGGUUGAGAAAAUUGUCAGAGAGUUAGAAAUUGACAAGGAGAGUGCAUAUGAGAAAGAGGGAACAAAUAGUAGGCGUGAUCAGAGGCACUUGAAAAAGGAAAGGAGGGAUGAUCAAAAUGGUUUAAAAGAAAGAGUUGUUAAACCUUCAGAAAAAGCAAAGGAUACUGAUUCAAGAAAAAGGGCCUCUCCUGAUUAUGACAAGGAGGGUAAUAAGGAGAGGCAUGCAGACAGAAGAUCAAGUGGUAAAGAAGAAAAUGAUAGGAAAAGGGAAAGAACUGAGGAUGAUAGAAGAGAAAAAUCUAGUCGUAGAAACUCAAAUGAAUCUAGCAGACAUAAGAGACACCAUUCGCCUUCCAUCACUGGUAGGGAUCGAGACAACAGAGGUGGAUUGGUUGUUGGCCAUGCUUAUGAUUCAAGUGAUGAAUCAUCAGAUAAUUCUAAAAAAAAGAUGCACUCAAGGAGACGUAAAUCACCAUCUCCUGUCAGGUCGAGGAAAAGACAAGUUUCGCGGUCUCCUCAUAGCAAGCACUCUCAGCGCAGGCAUUCUCCUUACUCUUCUCUUGAGAGUUCCAGGGGGAGAAGGUCAAGAUCGAGGUCAAGGUCGCCUAGUCGUCGGAAAAGAUGAUACCCAAGAUUGGAUGGAGAUGCAAGAUACCCGAAUCAGAAACUUUGUGCCUAAAGAUCCUUGUAACCAGAUAUUUUCGUUCUUGUUAAUGCAAAUAUUGGAGACUGGUUUGUUAUAUCAUCCCAAGGGCUUUCCUGUUUUGCUUGUAAGUAGUAGUUACAGAGGCAAUAUGUAGCGCUGCAUUUGGAUCAUCUUCAAUGUAAUUAUGCCAGCUCCUAGUUUCGACACAAACCAUGGGAUGAUUUCUUUUCCCUUUUGUCCUACAAUUGGAUUAACUCAUGUCAACGAA